GUACAAAAAGACACCUUGAUUUAAAAAUCCCCUCCUUGACAUUUCUGUCGCGCACUCAUAACACCAUGGAACAAGUUAUUGAAAUCGUAGACUCGUUUGCUCGCGGUGAUGCUAUUGGAGCAUUGGCUGAAACUGGCCGCUUUCUUUACAUCUACAACUCCACUACGCUUAUUGCAUCGGUAGGCGCUAUAGUAGGGUUAAUUCUUUUAGGAUCCCUGUUAUGGAUCUCCAUUGCAUCAGUGGCGAAAACCGAGAAGGCUUAUAACAGCUACGGCAGCAAUAGUUAUCGGAAAACACGUUCAACUGAAAACGAUGAAGCAGCGCACACAUUCAUGGAUCUACUGGUUAUGCUGGACGAAACUUUUCGCAAAAUGGAAAUUAAUAACUUUGACUGCCAGAAGCGUGCUGUUUGCGAAGCUCAUCAACGACGCAGCGCUUCAGAAACCAUCGGCCCAUUCGUUCGACGUAUCGUUUAUAUUUUUGGAAAAUUGGAUGACAAGCCACUGAAUGCACUAGAAGCAGAAUCUGCUGACUUUUUAGCCAAGUAUUUUGAAGCGGCCGAUAACGGCAGACGGAGUGAGGAUUGUGCUGAUUUAUAUGCAGCCUGCUCGGAGGUUAACAUUUUCAACCCAAUAGUCCAUAAUUCGCUGUAAGAGCGCGUUACACAUUGGUUAUCCUCAACAUCUGAUGAAAAUAAUAUGCUUCAAUACUCUUCGACUUCGUAACAACAAGAUAAAUUAGC